AUGGAAGAAAAGUUGAGCUUAGAAGAGGUGAAGGAGGAAGUGAAGGAAGAGGCUCGCAAGGUGGAACCGGAGACGGCAAGGAGGGUGACGCAAAAGGUCAAGGGGGAGGGCAAGAAGGAUGAGGUGAAGGAGGAGGUGAAGGAUGAGUUGAGGGAGGAUGCGCAGGAAGUGAAGGAAGAGGUGAUGGAGGGUGUGAGGCAAGCGAAGACGGAGGUGAAGGAAGAGGUGAUGGAGGAGGCGGUGUCGGAGAUCAAGAACGAGGUACUGGCAAAGCAAGAAGUGAAGCAUGAGGUCAAGCAGGAGGGCGGCGGAUGGAAGAUCCCGAUGACCAGAGUGAAGCGGGAGUGUGUGGAGGAAGCCCAGCACACGUACUGGGUAAAGCAGGAAGCCGAAGAGGAUGGGUCGAUUCGUCCCAGCAAGAGGCGCCGCAUCGGUCACAAGAGGCCGGACAUCUCGCCUCCAUCGUUUGAGUCGCGGCUGCCAGAGUGGGCCGAGAAAUGCCUAGCAUUUCAACGUUCUGGCAAGACGUGGCUGCCCACAAAGCCUUGCUGCCCAGCCAGCCCCUUCCUUGGACUGGCAGCGGCACCCUGGGAAGGAUGUGAGGAGGAGAGGGUGACGGCCUGCGUACAGCGCCUCGGCAAGGUGCAGUUCUGCGAUUUCCGGGACUUCUUCCGCGAGAACCCACACCAUGCCCUCUUCAAUGAUUACGGCAAGGACCCCAGCGGCUCAGGGCGAGUGGAGAAGGUGCACGGCCCCAAGCCUCAGCGCUUGCAGGACCCAGCUGCGAAGCAGCACCGCGCAGCCGAGAUGAUGAAGAUGUGGCCCUGGAUGCACGACCUUCCGACGCGGGCUUGGGCCGGCCACGGCUGGCUGGUCGAGGAGGACGGCAUGCGCAGGCUCUCGCCCACAGGCGGCGGCUCCGCCAUGAAGGGCCUCCAGAUCUUCGAGGCCUUCGGCACCGUGCCCGAGGCAAGCCAGGAAGCCCCCGGCGCCUCGGCUCCGACCACCUCCAGGGCCGCCGGCCAGGUCAUUACGAAGAGCUUCCGCGGCCUGGAGCGCCAGAGCGGGGUGCAAAACAUCAGCUGGCAAAAAACAAAGGGGACAUGGGUACUUGGGUGGGGGGAAGCCAGCAAGCGGAAGCAGCUCAACUUCCCCAUCUCCAAGCACAUGAAGGAGGGCCUCUCUGAGGACGAUGCCGUGGCGGCCGCGCUGGAGGAGGCCAAGGCGCACCGCGAGGAGCUGGUGCGCCAGGGCAAGCUGAAGCCCCCGAAGCGGGUCACCGGAUCCGCCGUGAGGGGGGUGUUCUUCAAGAAAAGCAUGCAGAAGUGGGCGGUGGCCAAUUUGACGGACCCGGCUACGAAGAAGAAAGUGCACGGUGGCUAUUACAGCACGCUUGCAGAGGCCGAGGCCAAGGCCCGGGAGCUGGCCGAGAAGCUGGGCCUGCACGAGCAGGUGGUGCCGGUGGAUCGGCUCUCGGAAGUCCCGCACUUCGAGCCGCUCGGGCCGCAGCCGGGAGUGAAGUGGAGCCGUGGAGAGAAGGCCUGGCAUGCACAAAUCCAGAUGGCUGAUCGCAGAAAGCACAUGAGGUUCCGGCCCAAGGACUUCUCAAAGAAGGAGGUGGAGAAGGCCUGGAAACAAGCGGUGGCCUGGCGCACGCAGCAAGAGAAGGCGAGAGAGAGGAGGCUGAGCGAGCUCGAAAGCGCUGAAGGCGGAGGAGGGGCGUCCUCCUGA